AUGACUACUACUCCACAACCCCAAUUGCAUACAAGUAUUCUUAGUACACGAAUACGACAGGAUGAUGAACAAGAUAAACAAUCAGAUACUAUAGACUCAAAUACUAGCAAUACCACGACAACUAGUAGUAGUAGAAUCAUUCACAUCUCAAAACCAGCUACAUUGUUUGUUCCUCCAUUGAAUUUUGCUCUUGUUGAAGAUGGAAUUUAUAGAUCCGGAUUUCCAAUGCCAAUCAAUUAUCCAUUCUUAACAAGAUUAGGUAUAAAAACAAUUAUAUACCUUGGUGAUUUAGGUCAUGAAAAGGUUAAACCAUCGACUUCUUCAAAGAAAGGAAAGAAAGAUGUUAAAGAAAAGAAAAAGGAUAAAUAUGGUGCUCUUGAAAUCUUUCAAAAUUAUCAAGAAUGGUUAAAUACAACAGAUAUAACAUUUCAUAACUUAUUAAUAGACUCUCUGCUGGAACCAUUCAAUGUUCCUGAAGAACAUGAACAAGCGCUUAAGAGUCUUAGUAUUGCAUUACAAUUAUUAUUAAAUAAGAAUAACUUUCCUGUAUUGAUUCAUUCAAAUAAAGGGAAACAUAGAACUGGGUUAUUGGUUGGAUUAAUGAGAAAAUUAUUACAAGGUUGGUGUUUAAGUGGAAUAUUUGAAGAAUAUGAGAAAUUUGCCAUGGGCAAAUCUGAAUUUGAUUUGGAAUUGAUUGAACUUUGGCAACCAGAAUUAUGGGUUGAUGAGAAUAAUAAACCAGAUUUCGUUAGAAUUUAG